AUAAAAGAACACGAGGUGACUGUUUAUUACAACUCAGAGAUGAUUCCAGUUUGUUAUAAUAAUAUUGGCAGGCACGAAGCGGAGACACUGUGCUCCUCGUCUGGAAGAGGGUUACUGGUGAAUCGCGGAAUUCAGCGUGGCUAUACAGAAGUUAAUGGCGUUAUGCUUAUAAAAAGUAACUUGGCUGAAACUAUUUUACCAGGUAUAGAUUUUGGACAAAGAAGAUAUUGCUAUCCACUGAUAUUAAAUUGCAAGCUUCCAGAUUGCGGGACUUCGUCAAUAGUUGACAAUUUCAUAUCACCAUUAAUACCACACGGAAAUGAGGCUGUUUUAGGAGCUCGGCCUUAUCAUGGAAGUCUGCGUAAAAAUAAUAAACUACACUGUGGCUGCACGGUCAUCGGUGGGCAGUGGGUGUUAACUGCUGCACAUUGUGUGGAGUACAGCGUUGCUUACGCUUACACAGUAAUACUUGGGUCAAUAGAAUCUGACAAGGUUGGGGAACACGGCCAGCAAUUCAGCGUAAUAGAUAUAGUCAGUCAUCCACAGUAUAACGCAGACGAUGUAACCAAAGGAUAUGACGUCGCUUUGUUAAAACUUGCGCAUGCACCGAACUUUGAUAAUUACACGAGGCCUGCUUGCCUAGGCACGAAGACCAGCUGGCAGUACAUACUUGACAUAGGUGACCAAGCUGAAUGUUAUAUCACAGGGUUUGGAGCUAAUGAGCUUUAUUUAGCAAGAGAUGACAAUUCAGAUAAAGUGUUGGAUGAAUCUCGAGUUGGAAUAAUAAACAGAAAAACAUGCCAAGAAAAAUACACUGAAACAGGCUCUGGAAAUGUGUCACAUGAUGGAAUAUGUGUAGAAAACAGAACACCUUACCAGGCGGCAUGUUAUGGAGAUAGCGGUGGACCUUUAGUUUGCAGAAACGAAAUAGGGCGCUGGGAACUAUUUGGCGAUUUAAGCUAUGGAUCAUAUGACUGCACAUAUGAUACACCUUCCAUUUAUUUUGCUGUGACGUCACAAAGAGAAUGGAUAAAGAGUGUAACAGGUCUUCAAUUUCCAGAUGACUAUAGGCCAGUGUAUGACAGCGAUGAUGCUCCAUAGUUAAUAUGCAACACCUCACGAUAUAGACUAUUCAUUUAUACUUCAGCGGCAAUAACGUGUGAAACAUUGAAAAAUAUCCGUAUCAUUGUUAAUACAUGCAGACAUAUCUAUUUUUAGUUUUCAAAGCAUCCCCUUAAUUGCUCUACCUAAGGUCUUUCUCUAUCAAGUUGGAUGCAAAAACUGGGAAAUAUUGAGAAAAAAAAAAAAGAAUUGCAUUUUUAUGACGAAUUGUUUCUUAGAUAGUGUUUUAACACUACUAGAUCUAUAUAUGUGUAUUUAACAAAUUAAAAAAUAAAAAAAAAACUCACAAUGUGUGGACAAUAUGUGGAAUCAAGAAUUAUAUAUACUCAUUUAUUGUAAUGUAGUAGAGUUUUCAUUGGUCAGAAUGACAUAGUAUAAAUUGUAUUUGGCAUUCUUUUUAUUUCAUUAAACUGACAUACCUCUGCAUGAGCAAAUUCAAACACUUCACAGUUGUUGUUUUUUUUUUCACUCAUUACACCAUUUUUUCAAUUAUUCAUAAAAAAUUUUAUUAAAUAUAGAAGGUUUUUCUCUUUUACAUCAUACUUGUAAUUAUAUUUUAAGUUUGAAAAUGUGUGAAGGAAAUAUCCCUAUCAUUCGACAUUUGUUUAUAACAAAGAAUUUAGGCAAAUUAAGGCAGUUCAAGCCAUAUACAUUUUUUUCUAUUAUGUGUACUUAAAAAACAAAUAUAUCCACUGACUAUUUAUAAAUCCAUGGCAAUUGUGCUUUUGUAAAAUAGAUAAGAUGCUUGUGUUUGACCUUGCUUUAAAUGUUGCUAAUUUCAAUUUGCCAAUAUGUUACACACAACCUAAAAUAGUGUGGCGAUAAGAAAAAAUAUGCAAUUUGUUGUACAUGUAAUUAGAUUUUUUUGCUUAAAUACGUUUAUAUGUUGUUCAAAACAAUGUAUUGCAAUUAUCUAUUUUUAAAACUUACGGUGUGAUUUUUUUUAUACAGAUUGAUUUUUUUAAAUGUUGUCUUAUACAAUUUAUGUCAUGUUCUUAUAUGUUUCAUGUAUAUUAUUUUUUUCUUAGAGAUUUUUCAUACCUUAUUUGUUCAAGAUUUGAUUAAUGAAAUGUCAUUUUAUUUUAAUACUU